AACAGUAGUGUCGGACCUUUGAAAGAAGCCUGCGUCCACACCGUCCACUCCAGACGCCCGUGGAAUAAACUCCAGUUUGCAGCGUGCUCCUCUUCUCCUCAGGCUGAGAACGUGCAAGGACAGCAGAAGCACCUGAGAACACGGACUUCCAGGACCUAAAGAUGUCUGCUCAAAUCAUUAGUGGGAAAGAGGUUUCGGCGCAGGUGAGGGAGCGUCUAAAGAAGGAUGUGGAGAAGAUGAAGCUUCAGGACCUCAACUUCAGACCCGGCCUCGUGGUUUUACAGGUUGGAGAUCGAGAUGAUUCUAACCUGUACAUCAGCAUGAAGUUAAAAGCAGCAGCAGAGAUUGGAAUAAAUGCCACACACAUGAGACUUCCAAAGACUGCAACAGAGGAGGAGGUUCUUCACAGUAUCACGGAGGUGAAUGAGAACUCGUCGAUCCACGGUCUCAUCGUGCAGCUCCCCUUAGACUCAGUCCAUAAGAUCGACACAGAGAAGGUCACUAACGCAGUGGCCCCAGAGAAGGAUGUAGACGGGCUGACCAGCAUAAAUGCAGGGAAGCUGUCUCGUGGGGAUCUGGGCGACUGCUUCAUCCCCUGCACACCAAGCGGCUGCAUGGAGCUCAUCAGGCAGACAGGUGUGUCUGUGGCAGGGUCGAGAGCUGUGGUGCUUGGUCGCAGUAAAAUUGUGGGCGCACCCAUGCACGACCUGCUGCUGUGGAACCAUGCCACCGUCACAACCUGCCACUCGAAAACUACUGAUCUUGCUGGAGAGGUUGGUAAAGCAGACAUCCUGGUUGUUGGCAUCGGGAGAGCAGAGAUGGUGAAAGGAGAGUGGAUUAAAAAAGGCGCGGUGGUAAUCGACUGUGGCAUCAACCAUGUUCCAGACGAUACUAAACCGAGUGGGAAGCGGGUUGUGGGUGAUGUUCACUAUGCUUCAGCCAAGGAGCAGGCUGGCUUCAUCACGCCUGUUCCAGGUGGUGUUGGACCCAUGACUGUGGCCAUGCUGAUGGCGAACACAGUGCUGAGUGCAAAGCGUUUCCUGGAUAGCCAUCAGCCGGGGAAGUGGAGCAUCUCUCACACCAAACUCAACCUGCAGAAGCCUGUGCCAAGCGACAUUGUGAUUUCUCGCUCCUGUGUGCCCAAACCCAUCGACCAUCUAGCACGAGAGGUGGGGCUGCUCUGUGAUGAGGUGGAGCUUUACGGCAAGACUAAGGCCAAGGUCCAGCUGAGUAUCAUCAAACGGCUGCAGGCCCAACCAGACGGCAAAUAUGUGGUGGUCACUGGCAUUACACCCACCCCUCUGGGCGAAGGAAAAAGCACCACCACCAUCGGCCUGGUUCAGGCCCUGGGAGCCCACAUGAAGCUCAACGUGUUCGCAUGUGUCCGACAGCCUUCGCAGGGACCCACCUUUGGCAUAAAAGGUGGGGCUGCAGGAGGUGGAUACUCUCAAGUCAUUCCAAUGGAGGAGUUCAACCUCCACCUCACUGGGGACAUCCACGCCAUCACAGCAGCCAACAACUUAGUGGCUGCAGCCAUUGACGCUCGCAUGUUCCAUGAGUCUACACAAUCUGACAAGGCUCUAUAUAAUCGCUUGGUGCCGCUGAAUGGAGGAGAGAGAAAGUUCUCCCCCAUCCAGAUCAACAGGCUCAAAAGACUGGGCAUAGAAAAGACUGAUCCCUCCACACUGACCGAAGAAGAGAUCACACGCUUUGCCCGGCUGGACAUGGAGCCGAGUUCUGUCACAUGGCACAGAGUGUUGGAUACAAACGAUCGAUUCCUGAGGAAGAUUACAAUCGGCCAGUCUCCCACUGAGAAGGGACACACAAGAGAGGCCCAGUUUGACAUCACAGUGGCUAGUGAAAUCAUGGCGGUGCUCGCCCUCACCAGCAGCCUGGAGGACAUGCGACACCGUCUGGCCAAGAUGGUGGUGGCCACCAGCCGCAGCGGACAACCGAUCACCACUGAGGACCUGGGGGUCAGUGGUGCUCUUGCAGUGCUGAUGAAAGAUGCCAUCAAGCCAAACCUGAUGCAGACCUUGGAGGGGACCCCUGUGUUUGUCCAUGCCGGCCCAUUUGCCAACAUCGCCCAUGGCAACUCUUCCAUCCUUGCUGAUAAAAUAGCUCUGAAGCUGGUUGGACCCGAGGGCUUUGUAGUGACCGAGGCCGGCUUUGGUGCCGACAUCGGCAUGGAGAAGUUCUUCAACAUCAAGUGCCGCUACUCCGGCCUGAGACCCCAUGUGGUGGUGCUGGUGGCCACCGUGAGAGCGCUGAAGAUGCACGGAGGAGGCCCGACGGUCACUGCUGGGAUGCCACUGCCCAAAGAAUACAUUGAGGAGAACCUGGAGCUGUUGGAGAAGGGUUGCAGCAACAUGAGGAAGCAGAUAGAGAAUGCGCAGCACUUUGGUGUCCCCGUGGUGGUGGCUGUCAAUGGUUUCAAGGCAGACACUGAGGCUGAGCUGGAUUUGGUCUGCAGCGUGGCUAAAGCUGCUGGAGCCUUCGAUGCUGUGCGCUGCUCUCACUGGGCUGAAGGUGGAGCGGGGGCAGUGGCUCUGGGUCAGGCUGUUCAAAAGGCCUCCGAGGCUCCCAGCAACUUCAAGUUCCUCUAUAAUUUGGAGCUCCCUAUUGCUGAUAAGAUUCGAAUAAUCGCCCAGAAGAUCUAUGGAGCGGAUGACAUUGAGCUUCUGCCAGAGGCUCAACACAAGGUGGAGCUCUACACCAAACAGGGUUUUAGCAAUCUGCCAAUGUGCAUGGCAAAGACUCAUCUGUCGCUCUCUCACGAGGCCGACAAGAAGGGUGUGCCCACAGGCUUCAUCCUGCCAAUCAGAGACAUCCGAGCAAGCGUCGGCGCUGGCUUUCUGUUCCCACUGGUUGGCACGAUGCCAACGAUCCCUGGGCUGCCCACCAGGCCUUGUUUCUAUGACAUCGACCUGGACCCUGAGACUGAACAAGUCAACGGGCUCUUCUGAAGCAGGACUCUCCUGUACGAAGCUAAGGAAGCACCCCCCACUGAGCCUCACUGAAACAUCACGGUCUAAUAACUGGAAAAGGCGUUGAGCUUGUCUGCUGGUUCUGUUUGUAGCUUUUUCAAUCAAACCCCGACAUCUGUAAAUAAUUGAUCUGCUUGCCCACAUUGCUCCUGUUAGGAAAAUCAAUAAUAUGAUUCACAGCGGAGUUUAGCACCUUGAGUCUGUGAUAGUUUGCAAGUGGGAAACGUCCUUUUCAAAACAUUUCACUUACAUCACUUGCUGCACAGGUAAUCUCAACGGUCUAGACGGUUAACAUCUGGCACAUCUGGAGUUUUUUAUUUUAUUUUCUGUUUAUUUUCUGUGUGCACUACAACAAGAUAAUCUCCUUUUAACACACUGUCUGUAUUAGUCUACUGAAUUUGAUGUGCCUUUUAAAAAAAAAAAAAGUACGGCCACCUUAUGAAAUAUUUUUAUGACAUUUUAUUUUCAGUCCAUAUGAUGACUUUGAACCUUUAGUCUGUCCUGUGUCCUAACCUAAUAUUAACGCUGUCUAACAUUAACAAAGCUUCGUCAAACCCAACUGUCAUGAUGCUGUAAAACAAUGGUUUCCAUUUUGUUGUCAGAAGAGAUCAAAUAAAGUGUUCAACAAGGAAAGCCA